AUGAUUCUGCCAUGUGGUCAUAAAAUAUGCAAAUAAUGUUUGGACAUGAAAAAAAAUUCUAAAAAUGUUAAUGAUUUAUCCUGUCCAAGAAAUCAGUAGCAUACAUUCACAAAAGGAUAGGAAUUUAGAGUAGACUUAGAUGUGCUUGACUAUUUAGAAAAAAAUGAUUUUAUCAACAUAAAAUGCGAUAUUCACCAAAUGAAUUUAAUUGAUUAGUACUGUGUCAAAACUAGCAAAUUUCUGUGCAAGGAUUGCACUUUAGAUUGCAAGUAGUGUAAAAAUCAACCAAGCUGUCAUAUUAAGGUGCAAUAAUCUUGA